AUGACUCCACUCGGCACAUCCAAAACAUUAACUGUCAUCGCAGCAAAGGCUUUCAGAACCAAUAAUUUCGCAAUAAUUAAAUGGACAAGGAAUCAGGCACCACCAUUAAAUAGCAGUUCACCAUCACAGUAUGCACCGAUGCCUUCAUCUUUAAUGCAUUUGCAGAAGACAAUGGAAGUGGAAGAACAUGAAACAAGAUAA